GUUUUAACAUAAGUGAAAAACGAGUGAGAAUCAUGUGACUACUAAACAGACGUUUCCAAAGAGUCGGCGCUCCUCGGUUGGAUUAAAAAAAAAAUCUUAAUAGAAAAUGGCGGUUGUUGUCUUGGCGAAUAUUUCGGGAUAAUUACUUAAUUUCCAUGUAUAAAAGUAGCGAAAAGUAUUAUUUCCAUCUUCUUUUUAUUAAUCCAAUUAUAUUUCUCAAAUAUAAAUGGUUGUGACUUGAAUGUGCUGAGUGAAUAAUAAACUAAAUGCCUUAUCAAGCUUCCAAACACAAACUCAAUUUUCUGUAGCUUUUAUCAAAUAAUCGACUUGUUCUGUGUAUAAUUUGUGUAUGAAUUUAUGUACGACAUGUGGUUUUGUUUUGAAAAAACCUGAAAACGGUAGUUAUACUUGUGUAAAUUAAGUAUUUCCAGUUCACGUGUAUUUGAUAUACAAAUGGGUGAAGUGUGUUAAAUCCGGUCUUUCGUUUGAUAACAAUGGGUGACACUGAGGAAUUCAAUACUUUAGCCUUUGAGAAGAGGCUGGCGCAGCUGAAGGACACACAGGAGAGUAUACAGUCCUUGUCUUCUUGGUGUUUGAAACAACGCGAGCACCAUAAGAAAAUAGUGGCGAGUUGGUUGAACGUAUUGAAGCGUGUGAAGGUAGAACAGAGGCUGGUACUGUUUUACCUGGCAAACGAUGUAAUACAGUACAGUAAGAGGAAGAACUAUGAGUUUGUGGAAAGUUGGGGCCUGAAUUUGCAAAAGGCUACACCUUUAGUCAGGGAUGAGAAGGUACGGCAUAAAAUCUUACGCAUCUUUAAAAUAUGGGAGCAACGGUCGGUGUACGAUGAGGAGUUCCUGUCAGACUUGACCGGCCUUCUCAGUGCUGGAGCUGUUAAGAAGACAGAUGAUGAUCCUUUAGACUUCCAACCACAGCAGCUAGUUAACAAAAUAAAGCAAUGCACAGUCCUAGAAGCGGACACUGACCUGAGGCUGAAGUAUAUACAUGAGAGCCAUUUACAGCUCUCUGACGCUGAUGCUCUUUGUGCUAGUCUUAAGGAUAGAAGUAACAAAGACGAUGUGGAGAAAGAAUUAAACGAGGGAAUCCAAUGUGUGGAGCGGUACACGCAGGCGUUGCAGAGGGAGAUAGUGGCAAGAGAAGCAUUGCUAGCUCUCCUGACAACUGCUAAUCAAUACUAUUCCACGCAGAGAGGCGAAGUCAAAGUUGUAGCUUAUGCGUAUAAAAACUUUGGCGCGCGCGUUCGAGCGUUGAAGCGUAAGUUGGACGAGCUGAUACCGACGCUGCCGAACGCGGCGCCUUCGCCCCCUCAGCGGGAUGAGGACGUGCCGUCGCCCGGGCCUGACGAGGACCUGGACCUGCCCACCGCUGGGGAGAAUGAAGGCGAGGACGACAUAUCAUACAACAUAGAUCAAACAUUCAACACGUCUAUGUCUGCGGACGGGUCUCUCUACAACCUGGGCCUCUCUUCCUUCCUCACCUCAGACAACCCCAUGGCGAUCUUCAAUGACUCUGAUAUUAGUGCCAACAAAAUAGAAGUAAUAAAUUCAAGGCCAAAUGAGAAGCAAGAUUUUGACAUCAACAAUUUUUUGAAGACGUUAGUACCGAACGAAAGUAACCAGUCGAAUUCGGACAAUAGUUCAGUGCAUAGCUCGACGCUACCACAGAAGGGGGCUUCACUGCCGGGGCUGGAUCUGCUCACCCCCGAUGGGGCGCCCAAUCCGGCGCCGCCCACGUCUUUCUACGGUACCACCACCAUCACUGAUGAUCCAGAGCCCUACCACCCUGAACUGAAUACUCAAUGGAACAAUAACAGCGCGUGGAGUAUUCCGCCGGCGCCGGUGCCGCCGCCGCUGCUGCGCGGCGUGUUCCCCGACACGCCGGAGUCCCCGCCGCCGCAGCCGCCGCAGCCACCGCCGCCGCGCGCGCCCGUCUACCCUCACACACAGGACAUACCUCCAGCAGACGUGGAUCAUAGAGGGAUUCUGCCCCCGCCGCCGCCGCCGCCCGUUUUGCCUUUAUUAGGGAAUAUGGAAGACGUCGACCAUAGACUACUGCCGACGUUGCCGCCGCCGCCGCUUCCUAACGCGGCCGUGCGACACCCGACAGGACAACAAGACGUGGACCAUAGGAAUCUAAUUUCCCUGACGCAUCAGCCGCCUCGGCCGAUCGCCCCGGUCGUUGAUCUCAGGCCCGCUGCACCAAAAAUAGACCAAGACUACAGAGUUCCCCCGAUGGUGCCUCCGAGCGACAUUGUCGAGAGUGUGGACAUGGAUCUCUCAGAAGACGAAGACCAACGAAUGUACCAGAAUCAAAACGAACACAGACGCAAUAGCUUCAACAACAACAAGGUUCUUGUCGGAGGCGAUAAUGGGAAGACUCAUAGGGAGAAUCAUAAGGAGAACCAUAGCCUCGUGCAAAUAAACAGGGAGUUUGAAGGUGACCAGUUUGAUAGGGACCCGGUGAUUGCGCCGCAUUCAGCGCCGAUCUUACCCCCACUAUCUAACCCAUUCGACAAUAUGCCUGUAGGACUCAAAACCCUCAACAUGCCUAGUAUGCAAUUACCUUUCAACAAGUCAUUCCCUCCUUUCCCGAGAGAAGAAAAGGAAGAUAACUCAAACGACAGUGCCUACGAAGAAGAACGUAGGCUCGAACUCCAGUUGGAGGGCAGGAAUCAACCCUCACCAGAGUUCGAAAACUUCAAUGAAAGUGAGUGGCAACAAAGACCUUUUAAUAACCAAAGGUUCCCUAGAAAUUGGGGGCCGAGGACUAACUUUAGACCCCCGUUUGGCCCCCAAAUGUGGCCCAGGAACGGACCUAGGCCCCCGAACAGAUGGAUGGGCCCGCGGCAAAGGUUUUGGUGAUCUGUGAUUGUAAAGUGUAGUGUAAAAUAGUAUUGAAGUGGAAAUAUUGCAGUAAAUAAACGUUGCAGAUCUAGUUCAGAUUUAUUAAUUGUAGAUUUUAUUCUAUAUUGUACACCAAAGGCAUAGAAUGAAGAAUAAUAUAACGUAUAGGAUGGUAACUCCGUCCCGCACCAAUUCGUAUCGGGCGCCGAUUUCACCCAAUCUCGGUCUUACUUUAGUCUUAAAUGGCAGAAAGCCACUAAGGAGUAAGGGACUGGGUCUCCGCGCUUACGCGUUACACGACACACGGUAGCAAUAUUUUUUUUGAAUGGAGUGUCCGGCGUGUGGAAAAGAGGUUCAAUCAUUAUUAAGGCGAGUUAUUAACUUGAGUUUUCCUCCAGAAAACUGCUUUAGAAAACAAAAAAAUUACAAGAGUAAACAACACUACAAUCUGUUCAUGUUGUUGUAUCAUGUUAAAAUGCCGCAAAAGGAGGAUCUAUACGAGAAUGAGUAUACAAUUUAUUAGGUCUGGUAAUUGGUUGAGUAUAGUAAGGUAUAUUGGGGGAUAGAUAUGAGAAACGCAAUAGAUACACUGCCCAUAGAAAGAGAGAGGUAAUAUACUACUCUCUUGCUCUUGCAUAACCAAGUACAAAAUGGUAAUACUUCAACAGAUGUUAUUUUUGUUUUUAUAAGACUUACUCGUGUUUGGGAGAACCCUACAAGAGAAAAGUUGGAAUAAUUCUGACUCGGACGGUAUUCGAACCCGCAAUGCCAAGCCGGGAUGAGUCUGGUAACCAUUAUACCACUGCAGUCCUCAUUCUGUCCAUGUGAAUUAUUUGAUCAAAAAUCUGUAAAGUCAGUAUGUUGAUUCCCGGUUUCGGAUUCCCAGUCAGAUGUUCGAUUUUGGAGCUUAAGAAGGCCAUAUUGAAACAAUUCAUCUAAAAAGCAAUAUUGCAAUUGACAGUCAACAAGUGUCAAAUAACAAUAUUGCUUUCUUAGAAGAAUAGUUUCAAUUUGGCCUUUUUAACCCUCCUUAUCUCUGUGGGAUAGCCUAAAGUUGGCGCCCACUACUUUUAAAGGGCUAUUUCACUGGGUCAAAGAUAAAUUAUAAAAUGCUAAUCUAGAAAUAGAAGCCAGUCUGAGAUAAUCAAAAAUCAAUCUCAUUUUACUUUUCGACUUAUUCGAGAAUUUUAUUUAUGAAUUAAGUUACAAUGAGUACGACGUUUGACCGCUUUUAUUAAUUACGUCACAGGACAGUAUUUCCAUACACACUCCAAAGAAAUCUUUCGUUUUGACGUUUCGUAAAAACUAUCUCAUUUGGCUAAGUUGUCGAGUAGCAUAUUCUAAAUCGGAAGUGCCUAAUAAUAAACAAAGCCUUAUAUACUUUAAUAUUUGAUACCCAUUUUUAAAUAACAUAAGCAAAUAUGUAACAUAUUAUACAUACAUCAAAGUCAUCAAUGUUUAAUAACAUGUUAUAAAUGUUGCAACAAAAUCAGCGUAUUUUUACUGCAAUAUUUAGUUGUAAAUAAAUUAAUUAUAAAUUAGGUUAGUCAAAUAAGGCAGUUUAGUGAUGCAGAUAUGUGAGUAUGGUAUAGUACGAUAUACACAUUUGGAACACAAACCCACAGGCAGGGUGGAAAACCGUGUAACCUUUUUUUGCAAAAUCACAGACGGAUGUGAGAAAAAUAGACGCGUUAUUUACAAUCCAGGUAAAAGUUUGUGGUCUUAAUUUAUACGCGGAAUCUUCUCUUCUACCAAUUUCGUCAACCCUGGUGUCAGGAUUAUUAUUGAGCCGCCAAACACCCCUGAUGUAACGACUACAUGCUUACAUCAGUACCACUAACCGGGACCAACGGCUUAACGUGACUUCCGAAGCACGGAUCAUCUUACUUUCGGACAAUCAGGUGAUCAGCCUGUAAUGUCCUAAUCAAACUAGGGAUCCGAAAGUGAUAUUUGUGAUAUCCCCACCGGGUUUCGAACCCGGGGCCAUCGGAACGUGAGUCCAACGCUCAACCACUGGACCCCAGAGGCCGUUAUACACCCGGAAUAAAAUUAAUUAAAAGAAAUCAAGGUUUUGUUGCAGAAAAUUACAACACAAUGUGAUUUUUCAAAAAGGCGCUUGCGUGGUUUUCGCUAUAAUGCGACGGUAUAAUUUUACAUAAUGUUAUUUGGCAACGGGAAAGUUUAUACUAGUUGAUUUGAUAAUCUCAGUUAUUAAACUUUAAAAAAAAUAUCGAAUAUGAUUAUGCUUCAAAGUUGAUGGAAAGAGACAAUAAUUUUCUUAAUAUGGUAAUGUUCUUUAUAGUGUUUUAAAUCUGACAUGCUUCUUAAUUAAUUGGGAAAAAAAUCAAAAUACACAAGCAAAACAAACAUAUCAACCACUAGAUUCGCAAUGAAAUGCAAAGUUUACUGGAUUUUACGAGUAUUUGUUUAAAGACAAUAGGGUAUUUGACUGGGUCAAAGAUAUAAAAUGCUAAUCAAGAAAUAGAAGCCAGUCUUAAGAUGAUCAAAAAUCAAUCUCAUUUAACUUUUCGACUUAUUUUCGAUUUUUAAUUAUCAAUUGUAACAAUGAGUACGACGUUUGACCGCUUUUAUUGAUGACGUCACAGGACAGUAUUUCCAUACAAACUCCGAAGAAAACUUUCGUUAUGAUGUUUCGUAAAAAAUAUCUUAUUUGAGUAGGUUGUCAAGUAGCCUAUUCGGCCAAAACUGCACUUUUAAUAGUGACAUUGGCCCUCUAUUCCUGCAGACACCUAAUUUUAUUUUAAGUUAUACCCCUCAUUUUCUUAUCCGCCGAAAAGGAAAGGGACGGAUGAUUAAAUUAAUUUCAAAAUGAAUGUAUGAAUGAAUAAAUAAAUCGGGCAAAUAAGGCAUCACGCUGAUAUGUAACCCGUUUGACUUUUGCUGUCAACUUAAUUCUGUCGGGUUAUUGGCCAAUAUAAAUUUUGGGAGGAUCUAGUUUUUCUGGCUAAAAUUGACGUGUCCCAUUCCCUUUUGGCGGAUAAGAAAAUGACAGGUAUAACUCAAAAUAAACUUAGAUGGUGUGUUCUGGACUCAGCAUCGUUAAGGUGUAUAUUUUACAUAGGACAAGUAUAAAAAGACAGAUUACAUAAAAACCGCACUGGGUAAAAAAAAUGUGUAUCCGUAGUCAAACCAUUAAUUUUAUACUUUUUUGUAAGACUCAAGACUUAUUAUACUUAAACGUAACAUGAUAAGAACGACAGCAGGAUAGACAUAUAGUGCAUCGCUUAGUGCGAAAGAGAUAUAUCUCUCGUCUCUUUCGCACUAAUGGUAUACAGCUUAGUACGAAAGAGACGGGAGUAUAAUCAUGUUGCGUUUAACAGGGAAUAAAUUUUUAUCAUUAAUCGUUUCUAAAUGUGUAUGUGUUGUGUGGAAUAUUGUUUAUUUGAUGUGUUGAAACGCACUAAUGUAUAAAAAACCGGACCUACCAAAUCUUCAGGUUAGGUAAGCGGAUCUUGUGAAUGUCGGCAUAACGCUAGGGAGACGGAGAUGGUUGAAUGUUUUGGAACGCAACCUAUGGUUGUAUGUGAGUUAAACACUAAAAUAUUGUUUCCUGAAAAAUUGUUUUCCUUUUCUGUAAAUGCCCUCACACGCUUGACUAUUUUAUAGAGACUGUUUUGAAAGUCCCAUUGUGGAACGUAUACUUGUCAAUUUGCGAUUUUUAUGUUCCUAAUUCUACAACACGAGCGGAUUAGUGGAAAUUCUUGAGUUAGAUAUACCAUUCUAUUUUUGUUGUAUAAUACCUGUCACAUUCUGUGGAAAUAUAGUAUUUUUGUAUGAAGGAUUUAAUUUCGCACGAGUGCGAGUGAGAUAGAAUUAUGAUGCUUUCGCUCGCACUGGUGCGUACUUAAAGAUAAAAUAUUAUGUUGUCUUCACCGAUAGUGUCAGCCUAAUGAGGGUCUUUCCAGGCUACGUUCACUAAAAACAAUAUAGAUGGCGUUGUACAGUUUUAACGUGAUAAUUGCCUACUUUCUCAUUAGUCGGGUACAUAAUUAAUACAAUAUAAUUUAAUGGCAGAAGCAUAAUAUAUAUACUGGGUGUUAGUGACAUCGUAACGAAUACUGAGGGGGUUGAUUCAGACCAUGAUUCUGAGUUAAAAUCGAGUGGAAUUUUCCGUCGCAAAAUUCAUGACUUUUUUAUAGUUUUUUUUAAAUUAUUUUCAAUUCUAUACUUUUGCGAUGGAAAGUAUGGAUUGGAAAAUAAUUAAAAAGAAAAGAAAAAUUUUCAUGAAUUUUUUGACAUGAAAUUCCACUUGAUAUUAACUCGGAAUAAUCAGAUGAAUCAUCCCUCUCAGUAUUCGUUACGAUGACACUUACACCUCGUACAAGUACAUACGGUAGCCAUAUAAGUAGGUAUGGGUGUUAGUGACACCGUAACAAAUACUGAGGGGGAUGGUUCAGACCAUGAUUCUGAGUUGAUAUCAAGUGGAAUUUUGUGUCAAAAAAUUCAUGAAAAUUUUUCUUUUCUUUUUAAUUAUUUUCCAAUCCAUACUUUUGCGACGGAAAUUUCUACUUGAUAUCAACUCAGAAUCAUGGCCUGAACCACCCCUCAAAGUUUUCGUUACGAUGUCACUAACACCCUGUAUAAAAAUAAUUGUUGUUUGAUAUUUGGAUCACAUUAUGUAUAGAAUCAUGUUGCUACCUAUAUUGCUUCUCUUUAUUUUGAUCAGAAUAAUAAUGGGUGGGUUGAUUGAGGGGAGGCCUGUGCCCAGCAGUGGGACGUAUAUAGGCUGUUUAUGUAAUAAUGGGUGGAAGAUGUAAUUGUGCUUGGGUGUAAUAAAAAAGGUCAUCAUUUAUACCCAAAAACAAAGAUAAAAGAUGCAUAUGUCUGUUAUACAUGAAAUGAGAAGGUUAAACGAAGGAAAAUCUAUACAGCGCCAUCUAUAUUGUUUUUGAGGACCGUAGCCUGUAAAGUCCUUUGUAAAAUAUAGUCUCGAAUUAUUUUAUAGUUUACAAAAUGUAUUGUUGAGUAAAAGAGUGUUUCCUUUUAGACUGAAAUAGUCACUUUUUCACGCACUUUAUACAUAGUAAAGUAUUUUUAACGGGUCGAUACGUCAUUGAUCGUUACUAAUUUUGUUUUCCUGACGUUCAAUCCUUAUCGACCCGUUAAAAAUAGUUUACUAUGUAAUAGCCUGAAGUUAACGAUUUCAGGCUUUAUUUUAGAAUUGUAAAAUAAAGAGUUUUUUUAUAGUUGGAAAAGUUGUAAAAUAGUCAAGUUAUAGUUAGAUAAUAGUCAAGAUAUAGUUUAAAGUUUAAUAUAAAAAAAAAAUAGAAAUUCGCUAUGUUUCGCAAUACUGGCUAGGUUGACAGCGGUAUGGAGUAGAAUAAAUGCUUUUUGCUUACUAUAAUAAAGCUUAAUAAUAA